UGACUUGGGUCCUUUAAGGCCAGGGCAGCAGGCUUGACAGGUGUAUCGGAAGUAAAGACGGUGCAUAGAUAAAGUUGGUUUACCUGCGCCAGGUGAGAGACGUCAAAAUUCUGGAACUCAGCUCCUCGAAGCCUCGCAAAACAAAGUCCACUUUCGGUAAAAAUGAACAGUCCGAUUCCAUCCAACCUAAAAUCUGAAGCUAAGAAGGCUGCUAAAAUCCUCCGGGAAUUCACUGAGAUUUCCAACAGACAAGGCCCUGACAAACUUAUUCCAGCCCAUGUGAUUGCCAAAGCACAUGGACUGGCAAUCUUAUCCGUCAUCAAAGCAGGAUUUAUGAUCACUGCUCGAGGGGGAAGUGGGAUAGUGAUUGCUCGUCUUCCUGAUGGAAGAUGGUCAGCUCCCACAGCCAUUGGCAUUGCUGGUCUUGGUGGAGGCUUUGAGAUUGGGCUGGAGGCUUCUGACUUUGUCAUCAUCUUGAAUCAGCAACGAGCUGUGGAAGCUUUUAGCAAAGGGGGAAACCUCACAUUUGGAGGGAAUUUCACUGUGGCUGUUGGUCCUCUUGGCAGGAAUUUGGAGGCGGACGUGGCUUUCCGCAGCAUGGCGGCUGUCUUCUCCUACUGCAGGUCACGUGGCCUCUAUGCUGGAGUUUCCCUUGUUGGGUCCUACCUGAUGGAACGUAAAGAGACUAACAGAAAGUUCUAUUCCCAAGACAUUCGUGCAUCUGCCAUUCUCAAUGGCGAUGUGGAUCCACCUCCAGAAGCCUCUGACCUGUAUGCUAUUUUGCAAGACUACACUGAACAAUACUGCAGUGAUUGGCAGAGCAAUUAUAUCAAUCCUAAUAGGAAGAGUCUAGCCCCAUAUAGACCAGCACCCCUAACCCAGAGAUCAGCUUCUUCCUUUACUCCAAAGGCUGAAGAAAAGAAGCCAGGGCUCUAUCCCAGUUUGUCCCGCAGCUGGGGAUCUCAAAACUCAGACGAAGCAUCAGGUGGCACUCUUGUAGUCACGGCCAUGCAUGCAUUCACUGGGCAACAGCCUGGUGAUCUGAGCUUUGCUGUUGGUGAUCGCAUCACCGUCAUCACAAAGACCGACUCGCAGUAUGACUGGUGGGAGGGAGAGCUGAGAGGACAGGUGGGCAUUUUUCCUGCCAACUUCAUUUCCCUUAACUGAGCACGCAAAGGGCUUUGGGAUUUAAGGAUCCCUGUUUGCCAGACUCCAACAUAAAGGAUUUCCUUUCUUUUAUUCAUUUUUUUAAUUUAUAAGCCAACAUUGCUAAAGUCUUACUGUCCUUAUUUGUUACUGUUUAAAGAAUUAAGUGGGUCAUAUUUUUGGGUUGGUUAUUAUAUCCAUAUAGAUUACGGGUUCAUGGUUGGUUUGUAUUGAUUGACAGGUUUUGUUUAAUAUAUUUAGCAGUGUGCUUACACAAUCAGACUAAAGCUAACAUAAAGACCUUAAGUUACCUGUUGUCAUGCUUGCUGCUAGUGUUUUUAGAAGGAGUGUUAAGUGAUGUUCUACUGCCAGUAGCUUCUUCCCACUUUAUGCACCUUUUCAUUUUACUUUAAUUCUACUUUAAUGACACUUUAUGCAUUUAUUCACAUCAUUUAUUCACAUCACAAUACUGUAGAUUGCAUGUUUGUUUGUUUUUUUUCUUCUCACAUGAGCUACUGGUAGACAUGAACAGAACACAAAAUGUACAACAAUGUAAUUGUUUUAUGUUUUCAAGAUAUACUUGAAAAUAGUUUGUGGGGAGUUUUUUCGCAUUAGCUUUGCCACACGUGCCUCUAUGAAUAAAGAUCCGAUUACAUUGGCACGAUGGAUGUUAUUGCAUAACUAAUCAAAUGCAAAUUGUUCUACUGUUUUUACUACUGAUGAAACUGAUAUUUUUGUACAGUUGGUUCUAAUAAAUGAGACAUCGUGAUCAUUUGGUAA